AUGACCGACGUAAACAACUUGAGAGAAUACAAAAAAACUUUCCGAAGUUAUGAUCACUAUGUAAACGGAAAAAUCUCAUGGAAGGCAUUUGGUUAUUCAGGUUUACGCAAACGUUCUACUCGUAUUACCAAGUCUGAAAUUGACAAGAUAUUUGUAGAGCUUGGAACUCGUGGUGGAGAUAGAGUGUUCAGAGCUUACAUGUUUUCGGGUAACCAUCCAAUCCGUCCAUCUAUCUUAGUUACACAUAAACCUAAAGAUGUAGUUAACGUGAAGCUCUUGCAAAAGGAGGUUGUUGUAAAUGUUCCGAACGAAAAGAAAAUCCAUGAGAAUCAACCUCAAAUUCCAAAGCAGCCUCUUGAAAACAUAAAGAUCAAUGAAGAUUCGGUUGUGAUAGAAUAUGCCGAUGACAAAGAGUUUGAGUUGUGUUAG